AUGCAACAUGAAAUAGUUGUUUAUAUUACAGGCAUAUGCUCACAAGCAACAAAUGAAUCAGUAAUUAAUUUCUGCAUACUUUUUACAGGAGAAAUCUAUAAAGUAACUGUUUUCCCAUCAUAUAAUGGGAAAACCACUUCUGCAAACGUAUCUGUUUACUCAUAUAGCAGUGCGUACAAUUUAAUUAACGCAAUUAACUAUUGUGAAGUUGAUGGGUACACUCUUUAUGCAAAUAUUUGCGGAUAUGAUUCUAUUCGAAUACAAAAAGAAGAUUUAUAUUCUAUUUUCAUUUCCCAAGGUCAUUUUAGCAGUGAGAGAGAAUUGUUUGAAUCCUGUCUAGUUUUUGGUCAAGUUUUUCGCGUUAAACUCUUGUUGGGCUGCGCAAUUGUUCAAUUCUACAAUGAAGAAUCAAUGAAUAAAGCAUUGUCUGCACGACAUAUUCGUGGAGGAAAGAUAUCGAAAAAGACUCCAAGAAAAGUUUCAAAUUCAAAAAAGAUUGACAAAAAUGAUACACCAAUCAAGAGUGACCCCGUGCUAUUGUCAGAAAAACAAAUAAAUCAAAACUGGAAAUCGAUGAAAAAAGAAUUGAAAUAA